AAAAAGACGCAGCAGACCUCAGUCUCACGCCUGAUGAUAGAGUAGCAGACUCCGCCGAGGAGAGGAGAGAAGAAAUCAAGGAAAACACAACAGGCGAUAUGUCUGGCACGACCAGUACGCCGGUGUUUCUCAUUGAGUUACAUAAGGGUGGUGAAGACAACACCUCGGAUCCACCUGAAACCAAAGAGUUUAUUGGCGGGAACGGAACUGGAGUUGACGAUGCCCACGACGGAACUGAUGACGCUGAACACAGAAAAAAGUCUUCUAACGUGAAGUUUCAAAAUGAUCUGACGACAGAGAAUGAACCAGACGAGAGGCAGACAGAAGAGACCCCUGCCGAGCAGACGGCGGGCGGUGGCGGGACCGAGGCUGAAGAAGCAUAGGAUCUAUGACUCAGUGGUACCACUCCACUGACAAG